GUCAUAUGCCGGAAGGAAAACCAAGCAAGCUAAGCAUUGGUGGCAUCUAUCCCGUCCUGUCACGUGAAUUUCACGACUCGGUAGAGUUGCCCGAAGACCCUGCUUAUGUAAGUCAUCGGCCAAAAUUUUGGAAACUGCGUCUGUAGAAAGCAAUGAACAGAGACUGUAAUAGCCUCCAAAGUCUCGACACUCCUGCUGCACUUCGUGCUUGAUAUUCUGGGUAGAGUGUGACAUCGGUUGAAACCAUGGCCAAAACAAAGACGAAAUCCCACUCCAAACAAAAAGACAUCCUCCACUCGACAACCACGCCCCUGGUCAAGUCGGCACCGAAAAAGUCUCAACGGUCAAUUGAGGAUCUCCUAACCGAAGCCGCAACACUCCUAGAGCAAUCUCAGCCAGAACUCGCCCUCCCUCUCGCCGAGGAAGCACUCCGCCGUCUCGAGACUGAGAGACAGUCCAAAGAUGACAACGAUAUAGAUGCAUUGCUGCAACUCGCCGCACAGGGUCAAUCUACUCUACCAGAAGCACUCGCGGUUGAGGCAGAGAUCCAACUCGCCCUAGGUGACGCCGACUCGGCGAGACGAAGUUUCCUCCGCGCUACACAGAUCGAUCCAAAUGGAGCACUGGUCAGCGCCGAGCCGUGGCUAUGGCUCGCCCAGUUAUGUGAAGGAGGAGGCAGGGAGAGCAUAUCAUACUUUGAAAAAGCGAUAGAAGUUCUGCGGAACGAGAUCGACGUACUUGAAGAUGACGAGGCAAAAGCUGAGGAUCAGAGUGUAAAAGUCUUGGACGAGAGGAAGGCCAAACUCGCAGAUGCGCUGUGCGCAAUGGCCGAGGUAUACAUGACGGAUCUGAGUUGGGAAGAGGACGCAGAGCAACAUUGCGAGCAGUUCGUCACCGAAGCAGUCGCUGUUUGUCCCGACCGGAUGAGUGCAGGAGUUUUGCAGACACUAGCGAGUGUGAGAAUAAGCCAGGAACGCUUCGACGACGCCAGACAGGCGCUACGGCGCAGUGUCGAGAUUUGGAAGGACAUUCCCGCAGACGUGGAUGAUGAGGCGCGACCAAAUUUCGCUACCCGCGUCAGUCUGAGCAGGUUGCUAAUGGAAGUUGAGGCUGAAGCAGAAGCCAUGACUGUGUUGGAAGGCUUGGUGCGAGAAGACGAUCAAAGCGUCGAGUGCUGGUACUUGGGUGGAUGGUGCCAGGUCCUCAUGGCGCAGAAACCAGACGCAGCCCCAGAGUACCAUACAAAGAGCCAGGAAGCCUCCAAAAUAUGGCUGGAUAACUGUCUGAGACUAUAUCGCGUGCAAGAUUAUGAGGAUGAUAGGCUCAAGGAUCAUGCGCUUGAGUUGGUUCAGCAAUUAAAUAAGGAUUUAGGGAUGGAAGAUCAAAUGGAUGAUGACGAAGCUUGGGAAGACGAGGAAGAGCAGGACGAAGAUGAGGACGGUGACCUUGAGGUGGAAGGUGCACAUGAGAACCAUGCAGAUGGUGACGUCGAGAUGAGCUAGGUACCCUCGG